UGAUCCCAAUUCUAGCAUCUGCAGUGUCCGGUGUCUCCCACCUUUAACCGCAGAUUCUUCCCCCUCGUCCGUUCCGUUCACGCAGAUAUGAUGGGGUUAACGCUAUCGUUCGCCGCACUUGCAAGCUCGCUCCCGACGGCUCUGCGAAGGCAGGAACAGAUUGCUGCCCCCCGGCUACGGUGUUAUAUAAAUAGAGAGGGUCGCUUAUCCGCCCUCUCCCACUCCAUCCCUUUCCUCAAAGCUGCCCGCCUCAGCGGAGAGACGGAGCAGUCCGACUCGAACGCGGCGAUUCCCGCACCUCUCGAUAACAUUCCUGAAUUCCGUCUCCGAGAGGGGAACGCUUAACCUGUCCCCGGACCUACAAUAAGGUGGAUUGGAAUCGAAAUGCGUUCUGGCUGAGAAUCUGCCGUUACUUUAAAAAAAAAUCGAUUCUAGGUAAAGUAUUUCUGUUCUAUGAGACUCAAAGGCAGCGGUUGAGUUGCGUCCGUUUGACAAACUUUUUUUUGCCGAGGGAAAUGGGUUUGUAAGCUUGCUUCGAAUCAGCCAGCUGUCAGCAACCGCGACUGAGGAAGUGCGCUGCAACUCGAUUCUCUGUAGCCCGCAAGCCGCCAAGAGACUGAGUUUUUGAAGGCCAUAAGAGACUUGGAGGCUAUCUGGGUGGCGAUGGUCUGGAGGGGAGCGAUGUGUGUGUCGCUCUCUGGUCCGGGAGACCGGAGGCUCGAGCAGGGCGGCGGUGAAGGAAUGGGGAGCAGGUGUCUUUGCUACAUAGAGUCCUGAGAGGUGUUGGCCACUCGCCAGAGCCGAGAGGGCUGCCUGGGCCAGUUCGGCUCUCUCGGAGUCACUCUCCCUCUCUCUCUUUCCGUCAGCAAUGGGUGUGCACGCCGACCCCAUCCAACUCAGCCAGCGGGCUCUAGACCACGCGGAGACCCUCGGCCAUCGGCAGGAGCUAGCUCUCUCCCCCUUCCCCACGGAAAAACCUUACUCCAGCCUGAGGCAAGAGGCGGACCAACUGUCGGGCAACCGGAGCAAUUUCACCGGUUGCACAGAGGAGAUUUUGCCGUAUGGCGACGUGGAGAAAGUCAUAAUCGGGGUCGUGCUGUCCAUCAUCACCCUGUGGACUAUCGCGGGCAACGCCAUGGUCAUCAUCUCGGUCUGCAUCGUCAAGAAGCUCCGGCAGCCUUCCAACUACCUGGUGGUGAGUCUGGCGGCCGCCGACCUCUCGGUGGCCCUGGCCGUCAUGCCCUUCGUGAUCAUAACGGACCUGGUCGGGGGCGAGUGGCUCUUCGGCAAAGUUUUCUGCAACGUUUUCAUCGCCAUGGAUGUCAUGUGCUGCACGGCUUCUAUCAUGACCCUGUGUGUAAUCAGUGUGGAUAGAUACUUGGGGAUAACGCGCCCUCUGACAUACCCGGUGAGACAGAAUGGGAGGUCGAUGGCCAAAAUGGUGUUAACUGUUUGGCUCCUUUCGGCAUCCAUAACUCUGCCGCCGUUGUUUGGUUGGGCCAAGAACGUCACGGUGGACAGGAUGUGUCUCAUCAGCCAAGACCUUGGGUACACUGUCUACUCCACGGGUGUAGCCUUUUACAUUCCCACGACCGUCAUGCUGAUUAUGUAUUACCGGAUAUACAAAGCUGCUAAGAAAAGCGCUGAGAAGCACAAGUUCAUGAGCAUUCCACGCCCGUACGAGCAGGACGGGAUCUACACCAUGGAGGAGGAUGUGCGGGGUCACCACGCCACCAGGAGGUCUAAAGCCACAGAGGAAUGCGCCAUCCUGUCCAAACUGCUCAAGCAUGACCGCAAGAACAUCUCCAUCUUCAAGAGGGAGCAGAAGGCAGCCCGGACCCUGGGGAUCAUAGUGGGAGCCUUCACCUUCUGCUGGCUGCCCUUCUUCCUGCUCUCCGCCGCCCGUCCCUUCAUCUGCGGCGUCAAGUGCAGCUGCAUGCCCCUGAGACUGGAGCGGACUCUGCUGUGGCUGGGGUACACCAAUUCCCUCAUCAACCCGCUCAUCUAUGCCUUCUUUAACCGGGACCUGAGGACUACUUUCUGGAACCUGCUGCGUUGCAAGUACAGGAACAUUAACCGGAGGCUCUCGGCUGCCAGCAUGCACGAGGCACUCAAGGCAACAGAGAGGCACGAUUGCAUAUUGUAACUGAGCCCUUUGGCAACCAGUGUCCAAUGGAAAGUGGGAAUGACAGGCAGCAUCACCAGAACUGCAUGAGAUUUCACCAAACAUUUGAUCUUGAAAUGAGUACAAAUUAACUCUCCAGUUAAUUUGGUUAGUGAAGGUUGACUCGUUAUAUCUACUUCAAAUGACGUGGAUAGACAACUGAGCUCGUGUCUGUGCCGAAAAUGUUUUGGCCUUGGGCCAGAAUGCCAUGGAAAAUAUGCUAAGUUAAAAAUCUUCCUUCACUUCUGAUUCAGAUUCAGAUCUAUUUAUUGAAACAUACAGUGAAAUGUGUCGUUUGUGUUAGCAGCCAACAGAUGCGCUGGGGGCAGACCGCAAAUGUCACCACACAUUCCAGGGUCAACACAGCAUACCCACAAUGCUCAGCAGAGCAACACAAGCAACAACAACACAACAACAAAAGAAAACAGCAAGGAAACAAAAAAACAGCGCAGCAAAAAAAAUGCUUAGACAUUAACCAUUUCAGAGAUGAGUAUAGCAGGAGGAUGGAUAAUUUGUUCUUUUUUUAAGCAGUCAGACACAAGGUGCGGGAUAAUCCAGGAAGACAAUCCAUGCUGGUUCUUGGAUGAAGCAUCCGUGGGAUUUGAGGAAUAGGACACAAGGAAUCUCAGAGGAGAGGUAACACUCUGAGGAGGGCUGACAAGGAUUGAGAGGGAAAAUAUUAGAGUGGAUUCGCAGUCAAGAUGAUCAACCAAUCCUACUGGCUCAUGUACACCUCGGCAAAAUGGAGGAAUCUGGAUCACUGACACUGAACUGGUUAUAGAUCAAAGUAGAAAGAAAGCAAGACUGAAUUAUGUUGAUCAAUUCAUCGAUCACUAAUGGAUAUCAAAAACCCAAAAUGAGGGAUCAAACAUUGAACCAAGUUGGCAAAUUUAUAUUUGAUAUUGUAAUAUCCUAAAAUAUGAAGCCGGGAUGCCUUGCCAUGAGGAAAAUGUAAAUUUAAUUGCAAAAAGCAAUCAUUGUUACGGAAGAAAGGAAACUGACUUAUGGGCAAAUUUAUUUCAUUUGAAGAUGUUAUGGUCAUGGAAAAUAUGCCGAGUUAAAAUUCUGCUUUUGUUUCGACAGAGAUGAUUCUACCAGGAUGGUGGGUAUUUUGCACUUUUGUAACCAGUUGGAUUCAAGGUGCAGGAUAAUCUGGGAAGACAGUUCACGCCACUUUUUGGAUCAAGCUCUGGCCACUAACGUUAACAAGCCACAAAACAAGCAGUGACACUGGUCUGCAUGAGCACAGAUUCAGAAAUUAAUUUAACAGGAAAGACUCAUAUUUAUUUUACGCCUUUUGUGACCUCAGAUUGUCUCAAAGCACUUAAGUGUAAUUAUUGUUAAAAAGUAGUAAAUCGAACAUGUGAUCAAAGUCAGGAUAACUUACUGGUGUUGUCUAAUGGUUAAACUUUGAACAGGACUCCCCUGUUUCUAUAUUUAUUUUUGUGACAGAGUGCAGUAACAGGCCCUUCUAGCCUAAUGAGCCUGCACCACCCAGUUAUGCCUGUGCUUUCAUUAUGGAAGAGCGUAUGGCAUGGGAGAACGAAAUUCACACUUGGCCUCUUGUGAUACUGCACA